AUGGUCCCAGAGGCCUGGAGGAACGGACUGGUAAGCACCGGGAGAGUGGUGGGAGUUUUACUUCUGCUUGGUGUCUUGCACAAGGCGUCUGCGGUCAUUCGCUAUGAAAUCUUGGAGGAGAGAGAGAAGGGUUUCACAGUGGGCAACGUGGUCGCGGACCUGGGCUUGGAUCUCGGCAGCUUGUCAGCCCGCAGGCUCCGAGUGGUGUCCCGAGCUAGCAGAAAAUUCUUUGAGGUGAACUGGGAGACCGGAGAGAUGUUUGUGAAUGACCGCCUGGAUCGAGAGGAGCUGUGUGGGACACUGCCCUCCUGCACUGUAACUCUGGAGUUGAUAGUGGAGAGACCACUGGAGUUGUUCAGAGCGGAAGUGGUGAUCCAGGACAUCAACGACAACAAUCCCUCUUUCCCUACCCGGGAAAUGAAAUUGGAGAUUAGCGAGGCCGUGGCGCCGGGGACGCGCUUUCCACUCGAGAGCGCGCACGAUCCCGACGUGGGAAGCAACUCUUUACAAACCUACGAGCUGAGCCGAAACGAGUACUUUGCGCUGCGUGUGGAGACACGCGAGGACAACACAAAAUACGCAGAGCUGGUGCUGGAGCGAGCCCUGGACUGGGAGCGAGAACCAAGUAUUCAGUUGUUGCUGACGGCUUUGGACGGAGGGACCCCGCCUCGCUCCUCCAGCCUUCCCAUUCGCAUCACUGUGCUGGACGCAAAUGACAAUGCUCCCGCCUUCAACCAGUCCUUGUACCGGGCGCGAGUUCCGGAGGAUGCACCCCCUGGCACUCGCGUGGUGCAGGUCCGUGCAACGGAUCUGGAUGAAGGCCCCAAUGGUGAGGUUAUUUACUCUUUCGGCAGCCACAACCGUGCCGGCGUGCAGCAACUAUUCGCCUUAGACGUUGUAACCGGCAUGCUGACAGUCAAGGGCCAACUGGACUUUGAAGACACGAAACUCCACGAGAUUUACAUCCAGGCCAAAGACAAAGGCCCCAAUCCCGAAGGAGCACAUUGCAAAGUGUUGGUAGAGGUUGUGGACGUGAAUGACAAUGCCCCAGAGAUCACAGUCACCUCUGUGUACAGUCCAGUCCCCGAGGAUGCCCCUCUAGGGACUGUUAUCGCUUUGCUCAGUGUUACCGAUCUGGAUGCUGGGGAGAACGGGCUGGUGACUUGCGAGGUUCCACCAGGUCUCCCCUUUAGCCUUACUUCUUCACUUCAGAAUUACUUCACUUUGAAAACCAGCGCAGCCAUGGAUCGGGAGACCAUGCCAGAAUACAACCUUAGUAUCAUUGCUCGAGAUGCGGGAGCCCCUUCCCUCUCAGCCCUUACGACAGUGCGGGUCCAAGUGUCAGACAUCAACGACAACCCUCCACAAUCUUCCCAAUCUUCCUACGACGUUUACGUUGAGGAAAAUAACCUCCCCGGAGUUCCCAUACUAAACCUAAGUGUCUGGGACCCCGACGCCCCACAGAAUGCUCGCCUUUCCUUCUUUCUCCUGGAGCAAGGAGCUGAAACCGGACUAGUGGGCCGCUAUUUCACGAUAAAUCGUGACAGUGGCGUCGUGUCAUCCUUGGUGCCCCUGGACUAUGAGGAUCGACGGGAGUUCGAAUUAAUAGCUCAUAUCAGUGAUGGCGGCGCCCCAAUCCUGACCACCAACAUCAGCGUGAACAUAUUUGUCACUGAUUGCAAUGACAAUGCCCCUCAAGUUCUCUACCCCCGGCCAGGCAGGAGUUCAAUGGAGAUACUGCCUCGAGGUACCUCUGCGGGCCACGUGGUCACACGGGUGGUAGGCUGGGAUGCAGACGCAGGGCACAAUGCCUGGCUUUCCUACAGCCUCCUGGGAGCCUCCAACAAGAGUCUUUUUGCUGUGGGGCUUCACACAGGUCAAGUAACCACUGCCCGCCCAGUCCAGGACACAGAUUCGCCCAGGCAAACUCUCACUGUCUUGAUCACAGACAAUGGGGAACCCUCCCUGUCCACCACUGCAACCCUAACUGUGUCAAUAACUGAGGAAUCUCCAGAGGCUCGGGCUGAAUUCCCCUCUGGCUCUGACUCCCGGGAGCAGAAUAAAAAUCUCACCUUUUAUCUACUUCUCUCUCUAAUCUUGGUCUCCGUGGGGUUUGCAGUCACAGUCAUAGGAGUGAUCAUAUUCAAAGUUUACAAGUGGAAGCAGUCCAGGGACCUAUACCGAGGCCCUGUGAGCUCCCUGUACCGAACACCAGGGCCCUCCUUGCAUGCAGAUGCUGUGCGGGGAGGCCUGAUGCCGCCACACCUCUACCAUCAGGUGUACCUCACCACGGACUCACGCCGUAGUGACCCCCUGCUGAAGAAACCCAGUGCCUCCAGCCCUGUGGCCAGUCACCAGAACACGCUGCGGAGCUGCGAUCCUGUGUUCUAUAGGCAGGUUUUGGGAGCAGAGAGCGCCCCUCCCGGACAGGUAAGGGUUAGCAAAUCAGCCUUAAGGACAUUAAUUCUCAUUGAUGCUUGCACCAUGUUCAGGAAAGUUUAGGACCCCUUUAUAAAUGAUGAUGUUUUCCUGAUGAUGUAGCCACAUUUUCACCUGAUCCUCCCUAGAUCAAAUUUCUCCUUUGUAGACAGCUGGCGGGAGGCAGCAAUGCUCCGCAAGGUGAGAAACUGGGUUGAAAUCUGGCGGGGAGCUGCCCUUUUGUUCCUCUUUUGCCACCUGGGUUAUGUUUGUGGACAGAUCCGCUACCCAGUCCCAGAGGAGUCACAGGAAGGGACUUUUGUAGGGAAUGUCGCCCAAGAUUUCCUGCUGGAUACAGAGAGUCUGUCAGCUCGUAGGCUGCAAGUCGCUGGAGAGGUGAACCAAAGACACUUCCGUGUGGAUUUGGACAGCGGAGCUCUGCUCAUCAAGAAUCCAAUCGAUCGAGAGGCACUGUGUGGGCUUAGUGCCAGCUGCAUCGUGCCUCUGGAGUUUGUAACCGAAGGGCCUUUGGAGAUGUACCGAGCGGAGGUAGAAAUCGUAGAUGUGAAUGAUCACGCCCCCCGAUUUCCUCGGCAGCAGCUGGACUUGGAAAUUGGGGAAGCAGCUCCUCCAGGACAGCGUUUCCCCUUGGAAAAGGCUCAGGAUGCAGAUGUGGGGAGCAACUCCAUCAGCAGCUAUAGACUGAGCUCCAAUGAACACUUCGCAUUGGAUGUCAAGAAGCGCAGCGACGGCAGCCUGGUCCCAGAGCUGCUCCUGGAGAAGCCUUUGGAUCGGGAGAAACAGUCGGACUACCGCCUGGUGCUGACUGCUGUGGAUGGAGGGAACCCCCCGAGGUCGGGCACAGCAGAGCUCCGGGUGUCGGUGCUGGACGUGAACGACAACGCCCCGGCCUUCCAGCAAUCUAGCUACAGGAUUAGCGUGUUGGAGAGCGCUCCUGCCGGCAUGGUGCUCAUCCAGCUCAACGCCUCUGACCCAGACUUGGGUCCCAGUGGUAACGUCACCUUUUCUUUCAGUGGUCACACCCCUGAUCGUGUGAGAAACCUCUUUAGCUUGCACCCCACUACUGGAAAGCUUACCCUUCAGGGGCCCCUAGAUUUUGAGAGUGAGAAUUACUACGAAUUUGAUGUGCGGGCUCGUGAUGGGGGUUCUCCAGCGAUGGAGCAACAUUGUAGCCUUCGGGUGGAUCUCUUGGAUGUAAAUGACAACGCCCCCCACAUCACAGUGACCUCAGAGCUUGGUACUCUCCCAGAGAACGCAGAACCUGGCACUGUGGUGGCACUCAUCAGUGUGCAAGACCCUGACUCAGGGUCAAAUGGAGAUGUGAGCCUCCGUAUUCCUGACCACUUGCCAUUUGCCCUCAAGUCCGCCUUCAGAAACCAGUUCUCUCUCGUGACUGCUGGAACCUUAGACCGCGAGGCCAAAGCCAGCUAUGACAUCCUGGUCACUGCUUCUGAUGCUGGGAACCCUCCUCUGAGUACCCACAGGACAAUUUUCCUCAAUAUUUCAGAUGUGAAUGAUAACCCACCCUCUUUCUUCCAGAGGUCACAUGAGGUGUUUGUUCCUGAGAACAAUCGCCCAGGGGACUUGCUUUGCUCCCUUGCAGCUUCUGACCCAGACUCUGGCUUGAACGCACUUAUCUCCUACUCUCUCCUAGAGCCCAGAAACCGAGAUGUGUCAGCUUCUUCCUUCAUCUCUCUGAACCCCCAGACAGGAGCCGUUCAUGCUACUCGAUCCUUUGACUAUGAGCAAACACAGACACUGCAGUUUGAGGUACAGGCCCGGGACCGGGGCAACCCACCCCUUAGCAGCACUGUGACAGUUCGCCUAUUUGUGCUGGACCUCAAUGACAACGCUCCAGCCGUACUCCGCCCUCGGGCCCGGCCUGGUUCCUUAUGUCCCCAAGCACUGCCUCCAUCAGUUGGUGCUGGCCACCUAGUCACAAAGGUGACUGCUGUGGACUUGGAUUCAGGUUACAAUGCUUGGGUUUCCUAUCAGCUCCUGGAAGCCCCAGAUCCCAGCCUGUUUGCAGUCUCUCGCUAUGCUGGGGAGGUGCGGACAGCUGUUCCCAUCCCAGCUGAUCUCCCACCACAGAAGCUGGUCAUUGUGGUGAAGGAUAGUGGUAACCCACCACUCUCUACCUCUGUUACUCUCUUAGUGUCCUUGGAGGAAGACACUCAUCCGGUUGUCCCUGAUCUUCGAGAGUCUUCAGCUCCAAGGGAAGGAGAAUCCCGUCUGACCCUCUACUUGGCUGUGUCCCUUGUGGCAAUUUGCUUUGUCUCCUUUGGCUCCUUUGUGGCACUACUCUCUAAGUGUCUUCGUGGGGCUGCAUGCGGAGUGACCUGCUUUCCUGCUGGCACCUGUGCCUGUCUCACCCGAUCUCGAAGGAGGGAGGGGCUUCCUCCUUCCAAUGGGAUCCUCCGAAUCCAGCUAGGGUCAGAUGAUCCUAUCAAGUUUGUUGAUGUGGGCGGCCACUCUCAUGGCUGUACACCCUUGGCUUCUGCACCCACUCGGAGCGAUAGCUUCAUGAUGGUGAAGUCGCCCAGUGCACCUAUGGCAGGGGAGCCUGUUCGCCCAAGCUGCCCGCCCUCUGAUCUUCUCUAUGGGCUAGAGGUGAGACCUUUGCAGGCUCGGCCAGUGCCUGAGGGUUGUUCUGAUGCAGAUGCAUGGCUGGGCCAUGUCCCAGAGAGUAUUGGCCUCUCUGUAAGAGCCCAUAGUGAUGUGACUAUUUUUGUGAGUGGUAACUAUGUGGUGGAUGCUGUGCUUUAG